AUGCAGCCAAUGGAAUCAGUGUCGUUGAAGGAUGUAGCUAUAGUCUUCACCAAGGAAGAGUGGAGCCUGCUGGACACACCCCAGAAGAAGCUGUACAGAGAUGUGAUGCUGGAAAAUAUCAACCAUCUGGCCUCUGUAGGUUGUCAGAUCAGCAAAGCAGAUGUGAUUUCCCAGCUGAAGCAAGGGAAAGAGCUGUGCAGAGAAACAAUAGGAUGUCUUCAAGGCCAGAGUCCAGGCAGUAAAAGUCCCCUGAGGCAACAAGAAAUGAUAUCCAUGCUACAAGUCAAAAGGAAGCACCUAUCCACUACCAUGCCAAUGAUCUUCACCUCCACAUUUAUCAACUCCUGUAAGAAGAAAACAUAA